UGUGCGAGCUCCCUGGAGGUUUCUCGGUUCUGUGUUUAGCAAUUUAAGCAGUUAUCGCAUGACUUCUGCUGUAUGGGCUUGCGAAAAUAGAGUUAAACGUGAUGUCGGUAGCGGACUCUAGGGAGCCACGUUCUCUCGAUCCCGUACCGGUGUCAUAUUCAGCAUGGCAAACACUUGUACUAUUAGGUAGAUAUUGGUGCAGUGGGACCAACUAUCAAGAAGGUCCUGUGAUCCUCGUUCGUUUUUUUCUUUCAGUUUUACAAUUGCUUAUCGUGAUGACUCAUAAAUUCCGUAAUAUAUGAGAUACUGUACUGUACUAGUACGAGUAGUGUCAAAGAAACCUUGGCGGUGUUCUGUGCUGAUUGGGGUCCGGAGCGCUUGCAUCAAGCUGCUCAGGAAGCUCAACUUCAUGCCAACUUCGAUCCGGACGCCAGGAAUCGACACUCUGACCGACAAUUCAACGUAAGAGUUCUAGAGCUUUUCAAGGCUGCUCAUCUCAAUCCCUCCACCGCCAACUUGCGCCGGGACGGGUGAAUUUCACGCGGCGGGUUCAAUACACUUAACCCCAUCCACCAUGCCAUCACCGCCCCGGCAAAAAAAUCCCGGCGGAAAUGCCAGCGGUAAGAAGCUUGUCCAGACCAAGUUAGAUUUCUACCUUAAAGAUGCUUCCUCACCGCCAUCAUCGCUAUCAUCUAGCGCAGAAAAUCGAAGCGCAAACCCCACACCCGGGGCGUUUGGGAGGCGGUACAUCAGGGAGGAUUCGGCAGAGCACAAGGAGUUUGGAACUUCGGAUCUAGGAUCCCAGUCUCAAGGAACCGAUUCUCAAGAAACGGGCGUGGAAUCGGAAUCACAAUCUCGAGAGCGUGUACAGCAAUCGCUUGGGAAAUCGAAACCGCAGAAUGCGCGGCAUAGUCAGGAGCGGGUCGAUAUUGCGCGGGAGACCACGUAUGUGUCGAUUUGUAUCACCUCCGCAAAUGCUGACUUACUGACAAGGAGUGGGGGGUGCAUAGGCGCUUCAUACCUAGUGUACUUGCCAAAAUCCCUGCAGCGCAGCGGCGGUCCUCAUUAUAUACGGGCGAGGAAUUUUCUCUUGCGGGAGUAGCUUGUCCGGAAUUCACGUUACCGGACCCCGACCCAGAAGCUGGAAGAAGGGGUUGCCGGAUUAAGGUUAUUAAUGGAGACACCUUUGACACGGCGAUAGCUAUGGGUAAGGACGUAGUAGUUCUAAACAUGGCAAAUGCACAUGUUGCCGGGGGAGGGUGGAAGAUGGGUGCAAUGGCACAGGAGGAGGAGUUAUGUUAUCGGUACUUCCCUCCACCACACAAACGCAACCCUUAUCACGGCAACCGAAGCUCAUGGUUUUCUACAGCUCAACUCUUAGUUUCAAACUCCAUCGUGCCUACUACCCCCUCCUAGAUGUCGCAGGAAUAUACACACCGGCAGUUGUGGUCUUCCGAUCUUCCCACUCCGACGGUCACAAACUCUACCCACCCAACAUCAGGUACAAGACCCUCUCGGUAAUCUCCGUGGCCGCGGUUCGUGACCCUCCUCUCACAGAUAGCACACCACCUGACUACCGCCGCCCCACAGACCGAAACCUCAUGCUCGAGAAGAUCCGUUUGAUAUUGCGCAUCGCUGCCAAGGAGGGGCACCGCAAGAUCGUGCUCGGCGCAUUGGGGUGUGGGGCUUUCCACAACCCGCCUGGGAGGGUCGUGGAAUGCUUUCUCAGGGUCUUCAGGGAGCCGGAGUUUGCGGGGGGCUGGUGGAGGGAAGUCGUAUUUGCGGUGCUGGAUACAGAGAAGGAUGAGGAGAACAAGGGGCCAAAUGGGAACGGAAAUUUCGGGGUGUUUUUCAGAGGGUUGCAUGGGGUUGUUGUUUAG